UGUAGAGCACUUCGAGGAGUUCGUUUUAGACACAAGAAUCAUCCAAAAAGAUGGAAGGAUGAUCACAAUAUCACAGCUCAAAGUCCAGUCCGAAUUUGUGACUUUCACCGUCAAAUUUUCCCAAAAACGAGCUUAUUCAUCCAAACCGAAGCGUCCGAGAUCAAGAUGACUCGUACGGAUUUCAACGAGGUCAAGAACGUCAGUGAUUCUGUAAUAUUUGUGGAGAACCAUGAUAAUCGCAACGACGACAGGCAAGUCCCUGCAAGAAAGACCGUCACCGCCGCGCUGUGGCCCGGCGGGUACCACAAGCGCACGUACGUAUACUUCAGUGGAGUCUGGAGGAACUUCAACAAGUUCGAGCGGUGCAGGUCGAUAAUGGAGAUUUGGUGUCACGGAGAUACCAUAAGCAUUCUCGUUGGCAAUGCCAGGUUCGACAUAGAAACCAGCGGGAAUAGAGAGUUUGGGAUUCGUUUCGACGAGGACAGGGACGAGUUUUGCAUAUGGUGCAAGAAAGACUGGAGCGACGAUCAUCCAGGAAGGUAUCGUAUCAUAAUAGAGAGGCCUUUCGAGCUCAUCACUAACUACCCAUCCUCGUAUGACAAGGUGGAGAAGAAAGAUCACGGCGACGGAGGCAUGGCUACGAUCAUAAAACCUAAGAGCCGUGGAGGCAUGGCUAAAAUGAUAAAACAAGGUAAGAAAUAGGUUCUGCUGGUACUGUCAUGUGUUGUUUUACUUACUAACGUACGAUCGAUGUUUGUUAAGAUCGAUGUGUUACUAGCAAUAAAGUUGUUACGUGUGUAUCCCGGCUCCUUUAUCAGGAUGGUGAGAGUGAAGUUUGUUUAAGUUUCUUUGUUAUUGAUGGUCGCUCUUCCAUCAGUUGCUGAUGGUAACAAAUCUUCCAUCAGUUGCUGAUGGUAACAAAUGAACGGCUCGAUUCAUUUGUUAGAGUCGUGUACCGAGCGCAUCCUUGUCUUUCUUUUGGGAAUAAAAUUCUUUUAUUUUACUUA